AUGCUUGGCACUUGAUAUUUCUAAGUGUGAAUUUUUUCGGGUGAUUAUUUAUAGUGUGAAAUGUGAAAUUCGAUUAUAUAAACUUAAACUAUAUAUAUCCUCAUCAUGUGUAGUACUCACUCACUUCACACAUUGUGAGUGUAAUAAGAUGUGCAACAAAUUCUUUUAUGUGAACCUUUUGUUCAUUUUCAACCUCUCAUUAUUUCACAAUGUUUAUGCUGCUGAAACCAAAAAAAAUAAUUUGCCACUCAAAGCAGUGAACCUUGGAAAUUGGUUGGUUACUGAAGGAUGGAUGGAACCUUCUCUCUUUGAUGGAAUAAAAAACAAUGAUCUUCUGGAUGGAACUCAUGUGCAAUUCAUGUCAGUGAAAUUGCAAAAGUAUCUCUGCGCAGAAAAUGGUGGAGGAACCAUUGUUGUUUCUAACAGGACCAAAGCUUUCCAUUGGGAAACUUUCAGGUUGUGGAGGGUGAAUGAAACAGCAUUUAAUUUGAGAGUGUCUAAUAAGCAAUUUGUGGGAUUGGAAGAUGAAAAUGGAGAAAACAAUUUAGUGGCUAAUUUGGAUUCACCAGGAAACAAGGAAACAUUUGAGAUUGUAAGAAAUGAUGAUGAUCCAAACAAGGUUCGAAUAAGAGCACCAAAUGGUCUGUUUCUACAGGCCAUAUCAGAGACUCAAGUGAGUACAAAAACAGUUUAUGAAGAAUCCAGUUGGGAGGACAGUGACCCUUCUGUUUUCAAAAUGACUGUUUUGACUGACACCAUUCUAAAAGGAGAAUACCAAAUUACAAAUGGUUAUGGUCCAGACAAAGCUUCCAAGAUCAUGAGGGAUCACUGGAAGACGUAUAUAACAGAAGAAGAUUUCAGAUUCAUGUCAGAAAAUGGGUUAAAUGCAGUCAGAAUUCCCGUGGGGUGGUGGAUAGCUAAGGACCCAACACCCCCUAAGCCAUUUGUUGGAGGAUCCUUGAAAACACUUGACAAUGCCUUCACAUGGGCACAUAAGUAUGGAAUGAAGGUAAUUGUGGACCUGCAUGCUGCACCAGCUUCACAAAAUGGAAGAGCUCAUAGUGCAACAAGGGAUGGAUAUCGAGAAUGGGGAGAUUCUUCUAUUUCUGAUACUGUGGCAACUAUAGACUUCCUAGCUCAAAGAUAUGCUAACAGAACAAGUCUAAUUGCAAUACAACUCAUGAAUGAGCCUCAAGGAGUUGAUUUAGGAAGCCUUAAAAAAUAUUAUCAAGCAGGUUAUGAUGCUGUAAGGAAAUACACGUCAAGUGCUUAUGUGAUAAUGUCUAACCCUCUGGAUAGAGACUCAAAAGUGCUUCUACCGUUUGUUAGAGCUUUUGAUAGAGUUGUCAUUGAUGUGCAUUACUACAACUUAUUUUCUGAUCAGUUCUCAAACAUGAAUGUGAAGCAGAACAUUGAUUAUAUUAAAUAUCAUAGAGCUUCUGACCUUAGAUCUCUGACCACAUCUAAUGGACCCCUCAUCUUUGUUGGGGAAUGGAGUGGUGACUGGAAGGUUAAGAAUGCUUUAAAGAAAGAUUCUCAACAAUUUAUGAAGGUGCAAGUGGAGGUAUACUCUCGAGCUACAUUUGGAUGGGCAUAUUGGGCUUACAAAUGUGACUCUAACAACUGGAGUCUUAAGUGGUUGCUUGAAAAUAAUUAUGUUAAACUUUAAUUUGUACCCUAAUGGAGUGUUCAACACUUAUUUUAUAUGUUAACUGCAAUCAUGUCAACAAGAUAUAACUAUAUUUGAGAAUAAAAAGUUAAUUUUAAGCGUUAUGAGAACCAUAUGAGUAUCUUGUAAAGAAAGAUGUCUCCACAUUCAACUAUAAAAAUGCAUCUGCCGAGGUAAUUGGAAGAUUGA